AUGUCGGAGAAAACACACGUCAAAGUAAAGCACAUCUCUCCAUCAGGGUCCUGGAUGUUCGAGGUUGUUAGUCUGGUUGUUGCUAUUCUAGCCACAACUGCAAUCAUUGGUGUUCUCGGGGCAUAUGACGGCAAGCCAUUGGCGUCAUGGCAUUUCCAAAUCACUAUCAACGCUGUCAUUGCUUUGUUGGCUACCGUAGCUACUGCAACCAUGGCCGUUGUUCUUUCCAGUGGCAUCAGCCAGUUGAAGUGGAUACACUUCAUUCGCCGUAGGCCUCUAUCCGACAUGGAGAUAUUUGAUGAUGCCAGUCGAGGUACAUGGGGAGCUUUAAUGAUGCUUAUCAAACUCAGGGGGGGUCUUCUCGGCUCUUUCGGUGCCUUCGUUGUCAUUCUAACGCUGGCCUUCAAUCCAUUCGCCCAGCAAAUCGCAACUUUCCACGCCCGCACUACCAACUCCACCGAAGGAGCUACGAAUAUUCGCUCUUCGCAAUAUUUGGUCGCCUUGAGUAGUCAAAGUGCAUCAGAAGGCUUCAUCCCAAUUCUCCCCUUCAAAGCUGCCGUAUAUAACGGGCUCUUUGCUGAGAAUGGCAAGCCUUGGUUAAGUCUCCCCGUCAAUUGUCAAACGGGAAACUGCACAUGGGAACCCUUCGAGACUCUUGGUGUUUGCAAUUCUUGUGUCGACAUUACUGAGUUCAUGACUCGAACUUGCGAAGAUGGUUCUAUGCCCGAAGGCAACUUGACAGAAUGCGGCUGGUCUGUACCUCUUGGUGCCAAGCUCAAAACACACGCCGAGGUUUUCAGCAUGACCCCCAUUUUUCCUCGGGGCCUCGGCGACAUGUCCUACUCAACGAUCAUGAAGCUUGUAUUCAUGGGAACCGAGAAUCAAGAAGGAGUUGCUGGCGAUCUCGCACCAUGGGCUCGACAGUGUACCCUCCAAGCUUGCGUCCAAACCGUCAGCUCCUCGAUCGUUAACGGAGAACUCAAGGAAACAAUACUCCACAUAAGAACGAACGAUACAGUAGCUACAGCAACCCAGGAAUCCCUCGAACCUAUCUAUAUUCUAGGAGACAGCAGCGAAUAUCUUUACCCAAUUCAUAUAAAGGUUAUGAUGGGCAUGAGGUCGUGGUUUUCAGACCUGUUCCGUACGGGGUCGGCUUCAAGGAAUCAAGAAGUGAUCAGCAAAACCAUCUCCACGCCAGACAAUGUCAUUGCGAAUCUCACUGUCGGUAUAUCCAGCGGUGAAACAUUUUUUGACACAGACAUCGUGCAAGCUUUCUAUUGGAACUACUACGAAUACCCCGCCGGUAUCGAUAUGCUGAUGAACGAUCUUGCGACUAGCGUAACAAUCAGUUUUCGAAGCUUCAACGGCACCAAUGUCACUGGCAUAGCACACACCGUCGAGAGCUACAUUCACGUCGAAUGGGGCUUCCUCACGGUCCCUCUUCUCACCAUUUUACUUACGAUUAUCUUUUUAAGCGGGGCAAUCUACCAGACAUACAGUCACAAGGCAAAGCUAUGGAAAAGCAGCAUGUUAGCAACCCUGGUCCAUGGUCUGGACAGAAGUGCACGGGAAAGAUUAGAAGACUUGGGAGGGUUGAGGGAGCAGCAAAACGCCGCGAAGUCUUUCAAUGUGCAAUUGAACGAAGGCGACGAAGGGCUCUUAGUCCUUUCCAAAUAUGAUGAUAUUUAG